AGAGCUAAACUAUAUUUAACAGACCUGCAGAGUACCACAGACCAUGUACCAAGAGGAUUCAUCUAGGCAGUACACUUCCAUCCUAGCCAAAGGUGCACCUGCUUUUGGACUGGUUCACACUUGGCUACAGCCAGGCAGGCCAAUGCAUUGCAGAGUGAUAAACUCUUUGCAUGGAGGAUAUAAUAGACUGUAUAGUGUUAAUAAUGGAACUCAGCCUGAGUUUGGAGACGCUUUAUGUUUAUUUACACGCAUCGCCGGUAAGACUGGUUUAUUUGGCCUGCCGGAGCAUCUCAUGUGAAGGGAGAGGCAGUCCUUCAUCUCCUGCACAGCCCUGGUUGUAAACAACACUAAUGUGUGUACUUCAGCUGACAGAGGGUAAACUAAGAAGCAUUGGGAUUUGAGUAUGGAUCGAAGAUCAACAGCACACUGAAAGCUGACAAUAGUCUUGGCAAAGAGUCCAGGGAUCACAUUACAAACCCCCUCCUAGCUGCAAACAAACCCUCUCCUAGCUGCAAAUAAACCCUCUCCUAGCUGCAAAUAAACCCUCUCCUAGCUGCAAACAAACCCUCUCCUAGCUGCAACAAACCCUCUCCUAGCUGCAAAAAAACUUUUCCUAGCUGCAAAUAAACCCUCUCCUAGCUGCAAAUAAACCCUCUCCUAGCUGCAAAUAAACCCCCUCCUAGCUGCAAAUAAACCCUCUCCUAGCUGCAAAAAAACUUUUCCUAGCUGCAAAUAAACCCUUUCCUAGCUGCAAACAAACCCUCUCCUAGCUGCUACAAACAUUUUCCUAGCUGCAACAAACCCUUUCCUAGCUGCAACAAACCCUCUCCUAGCUGCAACAAACAUUUUCCUAGCUGCAAACAAAUCUUCUCCUAGCUGCAAACAAACCCUCUCCUAGCUGCAAACAAACCCUCUCCUAGCUGCAAAUAAACCCUCUCCUAGCUGAAAACAAACCUUCUCCUAGCUGCAAAUAAACCCUCUCCUAGUUGUACCGUAUAUCAACUGAGUUAAGUAGCAGCUUUCUCAUUUGUUUUCUCCAUCUUGAUAAUGUGCCUCGUGUGGUAGAGAGCACAGACCUCAUUGUGUAAAACUAUUUUUGUCCGUCUUUUAUUUUGAGGUUUUCUGGCACUGCUACUCAUAUCAAAGGACUAUGGAGAUUUAUAUGUGUGUUGUAGAUAAAUAACAAUAUUUCCAUUUUGGACUGUGUCUUUAUCCAGAGUCAUCCUGCAACACAGCUGGUUCUCUUUUUACCCAGCAUAACACCCUGGAGACAGACAGGAGAAAUGGGACUGGUGCCGCUCCAUCCUCUGGGAGGCUGGAGCACAUUAUAGAGAGAGAGAGAGAGAGAGAGAGAGAGAGAGAGAGUAGAUUCUGGGUUGGGACGGAGGGGAUGGAAGGGUGAUAUGGUUGGCUCCAUGGCACAUCAUUUCAGCAUUUUGUUAUCUCUGUGAUUUAACCCAUUGUGUUGCAUAAAUCAAUCAGCAAACUGUAGGCUUUGCGUACGCUGCGAUGGAAUUGACUAUUAUAUGAGGAAAGUGUUUCUGAUGUGUUUUAUGGCACCACUAUCUGAAAUAGGACAUUCAAAUGGGUGAUAGGGGAAGUGGCACAUCUGUCUGGUACGAGGUGCUAGAAAUAACUGGUUUUGACAUUCCAUACAGUAUAUCACUUAAAUGAUUAGAAUGAUUUGGAAUUUUGUAUAUAUUUCCCCCCUCAUCAAAAUAAAAACAGCACACUUACUUCAAUAUGUAUCUCCAAGCAUCAGUUUACAUGUCAAGCUGACAUAAAUAUUCACAUUCUUUCAUCGCUUGCACUCUCUACCCUUAAAACCACAUGUUCUGACAUUCAAAAAGGUUUUCUGUACUCGUGGUGUGAAUUCAAGAGACGAACCAUAAUGACCUAGGCUAGUGCUGAGAUGUGCUAAACAGUUGCUUUGCCUACUCAUGAGGAGCUGUGCCGAGUGCACGCUGAGAUGGGAGGACUGGGCCCAGAAUGCUGUCAUUGUCCGUAGCCACGUCUCAUACCUCUCCCGGUCUGCCAGCUCCCAGUGGGAGUCUACCAAGACUAUCUUCAGCACUGAAACCGGAAUGCAUGAAGAAGAACAAACAAAGGUUUCAGAAGCCAGACACUGUAGCAGCUAUAGGCAACAACUGACAACAGCAGCUCUAUCUGCCCUGCUGGUUUCCAGGAGACCCGUCCUAGCUCCUCCUCCUAAGUCCUGAGGCUGCAGCAUGGAGCCCCAGGGGAGUCUGGGAGUGGAGGGGGACUUCAGCCUGCAGCUGGCGCUGCUGGUGCCCAGUCUCAGGAGCGAGGCAGUGACCCACGAGCUGGAGGAUCUGACUAUGCAGCCCAGUCCCAGCCUGCCGCCUCUCAAAGAGCGUAAGAACGUCCUCCAGCGCCGCCUGCAGCAGAGACGCACCCGUGAGCAGCUAGUGGAGCAGGGCAUCAUGCCACCACUGAAAUGCCCUGCUGCCUUCCACGAACAGAUCCGCAGCCUGCAGAGGUCCAGGACUGAGAACUUCUUGAAGCACAAAAUCCGCAGUAGACCUGAACGUUCAGAGCUGGUCCGCAUGCACAUCCUGCAAGAGACCCAUGCGGUGCCCUCACUGCAGGCUACUCAGAUGAUGCUGAAGAGAGCCAGGCUGGCUGAUGACCUCAAUGAGAAGCUGGCCCAGCGACCCGGCCCCAUGGAGCUGGUGGUCAAGAACAUUCUGCCUGUAGAACCCAGCCUCGUCAAGGACGACGUCACCGAUCCCGCAGACGGUGAGGUGGAGAAUGACUUCCCCAAGACGAAAACACUGGAUGUGUACAACUUUGACGAGGACAGCGGCGACGCCCUGUCCCCAGAGCAGCCGGCCAGCCAGGAGUCCCAGAGCUCCUCUGCCCCCUCCCCACCGACCAGCUCCAUCACCAUGCAGCACUGCCCACCUACCUCCCAGUCCACAACAGACUUCUUCAACGUCUCUCAUGUCUCCACCAAUGAGCAUCAGAACAAUCGCCUGGUGACCACGCCUCAGCCAAUCACCAUUGUUGCCCCUCCAAAGCCUGGGCCCAUGUUAGUAAAGCAAAGCCAGCCAAAGACACCCAAUGACAAGAGCCGCAGUAAGAAGAAUAAGGAUCCCAAGCCGCGGGUGAAGAAGCUGAAGUACCACCAGUACAUCCCCCCGGACCAGAAACAGGAGGCCAACGAGGCCCCCAUGGACUCAGCCUACGCCAGGCUACUGCAUCAGCAGCAGCAGUUCCUCCAGCUGCAGAUACUGAGCCAGCAGCAGCAGCACUACAACUACCAGACCAUCCUACCUUCCCCACUCAAGUUGAUGGAGGAUCAGAACAGCUGCUCCAACGUAUCUCUGAGUGGCAGCAGUCUGUCCAGUCCCAUCAUGGUCUCUCUACCCAGCGCUGCCCCAGCACGGUCUAACCAAACUCUGACAAACCGCAAGCCUGGUGUCCUACCUACCAACCUGGACGAAAUGAAGGUAGCUGAGCUGAAGAUGGAGCUGAAACUGCGAGGUCUUCCGGUGUCUGGCACCAAGACUGACCUGAUAGAGAGACUAAAGCCUUAUCAGGAGAUCCCCAGCAGCCAGGCUGCCACUGCCAUGGAGCUGACAGGCCACACAGGGGCCCCACAGCCUGAGAGCAUGAGCUCCACACCCCCUGUGUCCCCCGCGCCCUCGGAGGUCUCCAGCCUGGGCAUGGAGGAGGCUGGGAUGCCAGGAGCUCUUUCCCCAGCUCGGCACACUCAUUCUGGGUCGUCUCCCCACCAAGGCCGCCUGGAGGACAGCCCAAUGGAGACCAGAACCUCAGAGAAGGACCAGCGACUGCAUGAGAAGGAGCGUCAGAUCGAGGAGCUGAUGAGGAAGCUGGAGCAGGAGCAGAGGCUGGUGGAGGAGCUGAAGAUGCAGCUAGAGGUGGAGAAGAGGGGUCUGCCCAGCCCUCCAGCCCCCAUGGCCCUGGCCCAGGUCAAAGAAGAGGGCAGGGCUGCCUCAAACUGCUCUGCCUCUGCACAUAGCCCACUAGCAAUGGUGAAACAGGAGGAGCCCAGCUCAGGCCAGGUGCAGACAUCCCCCCUGCCUCAGUUCUUCAUCAGCCACCAGCAGGUGCCUCAGGUCCUCAGACAGCCCCAGCCUCAGACUUCGCUGUCUGGCCAGCCUGGGACACAGAUCCUGCUGCCUGUCUCCCUGCCCACCAGCACUGCCACCAUCCAGCUACCGAACAACAGCAUUAAGCUGCAGGUCAGAGAGCCGGUCCUACAGACCACAGUUAGCACUACAGCUCCAGGCCUCAUCCAGAAAACAGAGGCCUCAGCACCCCACCACCACCAACACACCACCCAGACCCAACCCAUGGCACAGACGACAGUCCCACUGUGCACCACCACCACCUCAGGCUCUGGGUUCCAGUUCAGAGCAGGCCCAGGUCAGACAGAGAUCCCCCAGUGUUUCCUAAACACUUCCCCAGGGAGCAGGUCCCCUGCCAGGGCCUCGUCCAACCAAGCAGUCCCCAAUGGUCCAACAAACAAGUCCCCCUCUGCCUGCCAGCCCAACUUCUCAAACCACGUCCCCAGGAAUAAGGACCCGCCACGCUACGAAGAGGCUGUUAAACAGACGCGCAGAAUGCAGACUGCUGCACAGGUGCCCACUGCAAUCAGCCAGCACAUGGACGACCUGUUUGACGUGUUGAUCGAGAGUGGAGAGAUCUCCCCAUUCAUCAGACAGGACCCUUCCUUUCCAGACAAGCUACUUCCUGUGACCGCCAGCGUAACCACCCUGCCCUUCAACACGGUGCUAUCCCGCCCCCCGCCCCAGAUCCUGGUGGCCCGCCCACCCGCCCCCACCCUUAACCCCCCGGCCCCACCCAGCCUGACAGCCCUGGCCAUAGACAACCAGCUGGAGGCCUUCCUGGAAGGCACGCUGAAGGGGGAGACUGAGCCCCGGACACUGAGGUUGAUGGAAGAGCUGCACAGUCAGCUGCUGGAGCACUCCCCCCACUCCCCCAUGGACACGGACACCACCGAGUUCAACAAUGUCAGUGCACCCCCCUCCAGCUACCACCUGGACCACACCAACCUGGACAACAUGGAGUGGCUGGACCUGACCAUGCCCGGGCCGACGGGGGGGCUCAACCCACUGGGCCUUCCCCCGCUUGGGGUCUUCUCCUCUGACUUCCUGGAUUCCCAUGACCUGCAGCCACAUUGGGACUAAGGGGUGUCAAUGUGACCCCCCCCAAACAGGCCUAUUCAGACAGAGGGCUGUCAGGGAGAGACACACACAUAAGUGAGACGGAGAGCACACUCCUUCUCCAGUGGAGGUGGGGGAGGAGAGUGCAGUGCUGCUGGCCUUGUGUCCCUGUGGGCAGUUCUGUGCAGGGCUAAAGCAGUACUGGUGGUGGAUCUCACUGCUCUGAGCAGCUCAGAGUGCUAGAGGCACGGACCCUCCUUCCUCACUGGAUAUACAGUAUAGCUGUUUCCCUCUGAGGUAUCGUCCCUCAUAACAGCCACUCAUUCUAAGGAAGGCUAAGCACCCGCUGGGCUGUGGUAUAGAUCAAUGGUAUGAACAGGUUGAUCUCCCCCUGUGGUCUCUUUCAGAAGAGGACCUGGUCUGAGGAAGGGUGGCCUCUCCUGAAAUGGAGUUACAGUAGAUAGGCUCAGGAUGAGAAAUCGCUAGUGGAAACAGAUGUUGACCCAGGUGUUAGAGAAUUUCACGCCUGGUUCUGACUGCGCCAGUGGCAUGGCUACUGACUGACGUUCGUGAUAAAUUUGACAGACAGCGCAGAGAGAUUGUAUAUAUUAUAAGCCUAUGUCUACAGUAGCACUAGUCUGUCUGCUCUGCUGCAUACAUCACUAAGGCAGCUGUAUUACAGUCCUGUGUGUGUAUGUAUGUAUAUGGCCUAUUGGAAUGUGGUAUUAGCUUAGCAUUAUGGCUUUGAAAUUACUGCCUUUGCUUUAAUCAGUGCCCCCAUGCGAUUCCCAUCACAGGAGGGAAUUGGACACAGAUGCUAAAAGACUGCACAUAUUGCAUUAUAAGACCAUUUGCCAAAUAUCUUGCUAUUUUCAAGGUGUUGCUUUCACUUAAUUCAACUAAAGACUUUGCAAAGAGUACACAGAGUGAUGACUGAUUGUGUUGUCACUCAAAUGAAGCAGGAGACUACUUAAAGUAAAGUGUUAACAGUAAGCAGCCUUAUAUCAUGUAAGAUUUUUUAAAAAGUGAGUGCAUGAAACCCACAUUUAGUAUCAUUGGUUGACAAUACGAAAGCUGUCGGCCUGAGAACUCUUGAAUUCAUCCGAAUUAGAAGUUGAGAGGCCUCACAUUUUUAGCAGCUGUUGUUCUUACUCUAUUCUUAUGUGGGGGAGAGUAGGUCCAAUGUGAGUUUGUUUACCAAACUGCACCGUGCUUUCCCUUAGUGUCCAUGGGGUCACAAUAGGUGGCAGAGCACCCCACAGCACUCCUGUAGCUUGCCAGGCCCAUGCCUAUGCCCUUUAUAUUAUCGACAAAAGAGCCUUUGAAAAUGUUCUCUCUCUCAACCUUAUUGUCAAGUCUGGAGUGGAUUUAUCCCAAUGUACAGAUCAGCUGAAUCUUGCUUGUUUAUGUGUGACAUGCAAUGCACAUGCGCUAGAGCUGGUGUCUGGGUGUCUGGGUGUGCACUGCACAUCUGUGUUGCAUAUCGCUUUUGCUUGUUUUGACUCUCGGAACUGGCAGAAAUAUAGCCAGUAAAUCCCCCUCAGCAUUUCAAUGGCUCUCUUCAAUAUACCGUCUGACCUUAGUUGGCUGACAUAUCGAGAACAGACAAGUUGACAUCAUUCAGUUUGACAAGCCAGGGAGUCACAGUGAAUCAGCAAAGGUGGUUCAAGGCUGUCUUGUGCUUUUGUGAUCAGCUUAGCAAUAUUUGUGGCUAUAGUCCUGCUGGUUCAAAUGUAAGCAUCAUUAUUGUAUCAUUUUGUUGUAGUAGGCCUAAUGUGUCUCUAUUCAUGACGCCUUAGUCCAGCAGAUUAUGUAAGGGUCGGGAUUCCAGUCACUCACAUCAAGAGGCAACCUUUCAAAACACAUUUCAAAACACAGCAGUGUGUGAUCCAUAUGUACCAUUACUACCAACAGAUGGGUAUUACAAUGAUCUCCACACUGAUGUAAUAGCCUUGGUUUUCACUACUCACUCCCAGUUGAAGUAUUUUUUCAGGUCAAAAUCCUACAUAAUUAUUGCAAUCGUACACAUGUAGUUAAAAAUGUCAUUACAGUGACAUAUACUGGCCAAAGAUAAAAUGUGAAAGCAUUUGAAGUGUUGAAACCGACGGUUGAAAUGGGUUAAGGCAGAGGAGUUUGCAGACGGGUUGACUUUACCAAAGUUGUCAGUCUUCUUGUUCAAGCAGUCUGAGCUACGCAACGGAUGACUGUCUUUAGAAACACAGAAACCUUUCAGCAAUUUAGUAGAGCCCCCCAAAAAUGGAAGAAGCUUUAAAACACUAUUCAGCAUGAUAAAGUUUGACGCACCAACGACAGCGUAAGCAUUCCUUGGAAAUACAUUGCAGACAGUGCUAAAGAAAUGUCAUUUUAACAGUUUUGAUCAAUUAUAGCCUACCUGUCUGUCCCCUACCAAAGACAAUUACUUAAAAGGUCAAAUGCAGCCGUUUUCUAUCUCAAUAUCAAAUCAUUUCUGAGUAACAAUUAAGUACCUUACUGUGAUUGUUUUCACUUAAAAUGAUCAAAAAGAAACUAAAACAGCUCCUUAGCAAAGAGCCAUUUCUCAGCAAUAAUUGUACUAUGACUGUCUGGGAGUUGUCUGAGUGGGGAGGAGAAAACUGAAAAGGUUUGGAACUCUUUCUUAUUGGUCUAUUAACUUGUUUACCGCCUGGCAAACCAAAACUCCAUCCCACGUAAACAGGCGGAAAUUUCAGGCGGCCUUUUUAAACGGCUCUAAAGACUAAAAUGGCAUUAUCAUAACUUUCACAACUUCACAGUAUUAUUCCAACCUCAUAGUGCUGAAACACACUGAGUGUACAAAACACCUCUUUCCAGGUGAAUCCAGGUGAAAACUAUGAUCUCUUAUUUAUGUCUCCUGUUAAAUCCACUUCAAUCAGUGUAGAUGAAGGGGAGGAGACAGGUUAAAGAAGGAUUUUUUUUAUCCUUGAGACAAUUGAGACAUGGAUUGUGUAUGUGUGCCAUUCAGAGAGUGAACGGGCAAGACAAAAGAUUUAAGUGCCUUUGAACAAGGUAUGGUAGUAGGUGCCAGGCACACCGGUUUGAGUGUGUCAAUAAUUGGAAAGCUGCUGGGUUUUUCACGCUCAACAGUUUCCCGUGUGUAUCAAGAAUGGUCCACCAUCCAAAGAACAUCCAGCCAACUUGACACAACUGUGGGGAGGAUUGGAGUCAACAUGGGCCAGCAUCCCUGUGGAACGCUUCAACACCUUGUAGUCCAUGCGGCGACAAAUUGAGGCUGUUUUGGGGGGAAAGGGGGGGUGCAACUCAAUGUUAGAAACCUGUUCCUAAUGUUUUGUACACUCAGUGUAUAUAACACAGGACAAUCUAAAUGUUUUUUGAAUGCACUGGGCCUUUAAGAGCCUCAAUGUCACACAUUUCUGUUAGAAAAACAAAGCAGUUUACACUGUGAGUGGAUAAAAAUGGGUAGCUAAUCAAAAAAACAUUGCCUGCUCCUGAUAGGUCUUUGUGCACAACUUUGUUUUUGUCUGAGCAUCAGUGCCCCAUUGAUCAUGUGUCCAAACUAAAGAAAGGGAGAAUGAGCUGGAAUCAGAAGUCAUUUUAUUUGUACUAUACUAGUAUAGCCCCUUCCCUUGCAAUAGUGUAUUGAUACAUAGUAUGCCAUACAUUUUGCACAUUGUGUAUAUAUUUUGUCAUUUAUUUUAUUUUUUACAAACGUAGCACAUGAGCUCUUUUCGUACAUUUUAUACAAACGUAGCACAUCUAAGCUCUUUUGUAUUAAGACUGUUUGGUGUGUACAGUAUGCGUACUACUGUAUACCCAUAAUGUGUAUAUAUAGCCUUUUUGUGUCAAUAAAAAUGGUCAUGUA